UUGACCAAAAGGGACCCAGGCAGAGAGAAGAGCAGGGAUAAAAUGGCGGAGUUGCCAGCCAUAGAAUUAACUGACUUGGCCCAUGCCAAUGGCAGGUUCACCAUUAGCACCCUGAUCAGCACCGAGGACAGCAACAAACCUCACUAUGGACAGCCUGACGCUGCCGCCUGUGAGGCUACCCAUCCCAGCCACCUCACCCACAGCAGCACUUUCUACCUGAGGACCUUUGGCUACAACACCGUGGAUGUUGUGCCGACUUAUGAACAUUAUGCCAACACGAAGGUGGCGGGUGAAACCAAUAAAGUUAGGCCCACGCUGGCAGAUCUACAUUCUUUCUUGAAGUCAGACAAUAGCCGUCUCCACAACCCAGUGUACGAACCCCAGAGAAGUAACGGCCUGAGUGAUGAAACGACUGAGGAAGAUGGUGGUGAGGGUGGGGAAAAGCCUCCAGGCGAGCCAGUCCGAUUUGGAUGGGUGAAAGGAGUGAUGAUCCGAUGCAUGCUGAACAUCUGGGGUGUGAUUCUCUAUUUGCGAUUGCCCUGGAUUACUGCACAGGCAGGAAUUGCACUCACAUGGCUGAUUAUCUUCAUGUCUGUGACGGUGACUAGCAUCACAGGCUUGUCCAUCUCUGCCAUCUCCACCAACGGCAAAGUGAAAUCAGGUGGCACCUAUUUCCUUAUCUCAAGAAGCCUCGGUCCAGAGCUGGGUGGUUCCAUCGGUCUCAUAUUUGCCUUUGCGAAUGCCGUGGCAGUGGCCAUGCACACGGUGGGCUUUGCGGAAACUGUGCGCGAUCUGCUCCAGGAACAUAACUCGCCCAUUGUAGACCCCACAAAUGACAUCCGCAUCAUCGGGGUCAUCACAGUGACAGUGCUACUUGGGAUUUCCUUGGCCGGAAUGGAGUGGGAAGCAAAGGCACAGGUGCUGUUCUUCAUAGUCAUCAUGAUUUCCUUUGUAAAUUACAUAGUGGGGACGGUGAUUCCAGCCUCCGAGGAGAAGCAGGCAAAAGGAUUCUUCAGUUACCGAGCUGAUAUUUUUGCUCAGAACUUUGUGCCAAAUUGGCGUGGACCAGAUGGCACCUUCUUUGGUUUGUUUUCCAUUUUCUUUCCAUCGGCGACUGGCAUCUUGGCUGGAGCCAACAUUUCAGGUGAUUUGAAGGAUCCAGCCAUAGCCAUUCCCAAAGGCACGCUGAUGGCUAUAUUCUGGACUACAAUAUCCUAUCUGGCUAUUUCUGCUACAAUUGGUGCCUGUGUGGUACGUGAUGCCUCUGGGAGCCUGAAUGACUCCAUCCCUGUUGGCUCUCCGGGCUGCGAAGGACUUGCUUGUGACUACGGGUGGAACUUCACGGACUGUGCUCAGAAACAGAGCUGUCACUAUGGACUCAGCAAUUAUUACCAGAGUAUGAGCAUGGUAUCUGGAUUUGCCCCCCUGAUCACGGCUGGAAUCUUCGGGGCCACACUCUCUUCUGCUUUGGCCUGCCUGGUCUCAGCACCUAAAGUCUUCCAGUGCCUGUGCAAGGACCAGCUCUACCCUCUGAUCGGCUUCUUUGGGAAGGGCUAUGGGAAGAACGAGGAGCCGAUUAGGGGUUACAUGCUGACCUACAUCAUAGCAGUGGGGUUCAUUCUUAUCGCUGAAUUGAACACUAUUGCCCCUAUCAUCUCCAACUUCUUCCUGUGCUCGUACGCACUCAUCAAUUUCAGCUGUUUCCAUGCCUCCAUCACCAACUCGCCGGGAUGGAGACCAUCCUUUAGAUAUUACAGCAAGUGGGCUGCGCUCUUCGGUGCCGUCAUCUCUGUCGUGAUCAUGUUUCUAUUGACCUGGUGGGCAGCCCUGAUAGCCAUUGGCAUCAUUGUCUUCUUACUGGGAUACGUGCUCUACAAAAAGCCUGAAGUGAACUGGGGCUCGUCUGUGCAGGCAGGUUCGUACAACUUGGCCCUGAACUAUUCCGUGGGACUCAACGAAAUCAACGAGCACAUUAAGAACUACAGACCCCAAUGCCUGGUCUUAACAGGCCCUCCCAACUUCCGCCCAGCCCUCGUGGAUUUUGUGGGCACUUUCACCAAAAACCUCAGCUUGAUGAUUUGUGGGAAUGUGCUGAUAGGACCAUGCAAGCAGAAGAUGUCAGAAUGCAGGCUCACCUCCAACGGCCAUACAAAGUGGCUGACCAAGAGAAAGAUCAAAGCUUUCUAUACGGACGUGGUAGCUGAUGACUUGAGAAGUGGAGUCAAAACACUUAUGCAGGCAUCCGGUCUUGGGAAGAUGAAACCCAACAUCCUGGUGAUCGGGUACAAGAAGAACUGGCAGACAGCUCACCCUAGGACUGUGGAGGAGUACACUGGAAUCCUGCAUGAUGCGUUUGACUUCAAGUAUGGAAUAUGCUUAAUGCGAAUGAAGGAAGGGCUGAAUGUUUCCAGAAUGAUGCAGGCUCACAUUAACCCGGUGUUUGACCCAGCAGAAGACCGUAAAGAGAAUGGAGCAAAUGGUGUGGUACUCACUGUGACAGGAACAUUGGAUCCAGAUGCCCUUACAGCGGAACAGCAAGCAAGCACCAUCUUCCAGACUGAACAGGGCAAGAAGACUAUCGACAUCUACUGGCUCUUUGAUGAUGGAGGAUUGUCUCUCUAUUGAGCAAGUUCCGACUUGGGUUCCAUGAGGUGCACGUCCUUCCAGACAUUAACCAGAAACCACGCCCUGAACACAUCAAGAGAUUUGAUGACCUGAUCGCCCCCUUCAGGCUGAACGAUGGGUUUAAGGAUGAGGCCGUGGUGAAUGAAAUGAGGCGUGACUGCCCCUGGAAGAUUUCUGAUGAGGAGGUUAAUAAAAACAAAGUAAAGUCGCUUCGACAAGUGAGACUGAAUGAGAUUUUGCUGGAUUACUCACGGGAUGCUGCUCUCAUAGUCAUAACCUUGCCAAUAGGCAGAAAGGGGAGAUGCCCCAGCUCCCUCUAUAUGGCCUGGCUAGAAACCCUCUCGCAAGACCUGAGACCCCCAGUUAUUCUGACCAGAGGAAACCAAGAAAAUGUUCUGACAUUUUACUGCCAGUAGAAUGUGGUUGACUACACGGUGGGUCAGGAUGUGAAUUUUCAGGCCAGGUUUUGGCCUUGGAAUGAACUCUUCCGGUUUUUCGGGUGCUAGUCACUGGUAAAAGCAAACUCUCCUGGUUUCAGCUGAUGUCAGCCAUUGAUAAAGGAUUAAUGUUGGGAAAUGACUAACACUGGGUUAUACCAACUCUGCCCUCCCCCUUCUGAAAACUGAUCUUGCUGAUCCUAGCCUUUGCAUAUCCCGGGAGCACCUUAAUACCACCACAUGCCAGGGGGAUAAUGUGUUCCUGAGUUCUCUAAUGCAAAUUCCUGGGUGGGACCUAUUGGGCAACACAGAGGAGGCAGUAAUGGGGGGAAAGUCUGAGUUUUUACAGGAGAUUUUCAAAGCUGCCGAAAAGAUUUGGAUGCCCAAAUGAACCGGGCUUCCAGUUCCCCCAGAUAUCAUCUGUCCUAUUUAUUUCCCAUUAAUUUGCUGAAAACGACCCUGUGAUUCCAAUCAGAAAGUGACUGCUGGGGGUUAGAACCUGGGAAAUUCAUCAAAGAUCCAAGCCCCAAUCGUACAGUAGCUGUACCCGCCUUUGUCAGUGAAGGAAAGAGGGAGGUGAGAGAAGAGAAAAGGGGUGGGGGGAAACAGGGAGAAAAAUUAAUAGGGACGGGAUUGGCCUUAAAAUCUGGGGGAAGGAAAGGGACACUCCACUAUGUUACAAUCCUGCAUUGCCGCGUAGAGGUUUGUGCCAAUGACCACGCGUUGCUCCAGGAUGUUCUGCUGCUGUGUUACCACAUAUUGUGCCUCCUUUGUCCCCAUGAAAGAAACUGCACUGUUAAAAAUCUGAACUGUGCCAUCCUCAUGACACUCUGUAAGUUAGGUUUGCUGCCCCUUAUUAAAGCUGAGGAAACGGAGGCAGAGAGGUUAAGAGAGUGGCCCAAGGCCACAUUGUGAGUCACUAGCAGAGCUAGGAUUAGAACUCCCAGCCAUUCCCUCAUUCCUGCUGGCCACUCUGCCUCCCUCAUUAUUAUAGCCAUUUGACAGCUGGCGAUGCUGAGAGGGGUGAUGUGAUCUGCCAAAGGUCACACAACAAUUCAGUGGCAGACUUUGGGUCUCCUGAUCCCCAGGCCAGUUUUCUAAUCAACCUUCUUCUAAGAUCCUGUCAGAGGCAGAUUUUGUUCAGAGUGAAUGCUGCGGGGAAUGUGCUCACCAUAGGCUUUGACCGUGAUACUGCCAUCCUCCUUGGUCGUGUUUGUUUCAAUGACCUACCCUCGCCCCAAUCAAACAUUAGCUAGAGUGCUCGUCUGCCUUCCUUAGACCCCCCACAGAACCCUGGCUGGGGGUCAAUGAAAAACGCCGCCCUGCAGUCCUCUCUUCUAUUAAAAAAGGAUGUGAAGCUCGCAAAGCCCAUAGGCCUGUGGGCAAGGGAAAGUAGCUGCCCGGGUGUGAAGCGGGGGGGAAAUGAGUGGCCCACAGUGGCGACUGAUGCUCAUUGUCUUCUACCAUUUCCUUCCGGGGUGACAUCUUUGCAUCGCCGUGAGCUGUAGCUCUGUCUGAUGCUCUGGUGGCAUUGCCUCCCCUGGCCUGGCUGUCAGCACCUCAGCCUAAGGCUGUGUGAAAGUUCUUGCUCCCACUUGUUCAGUUCUAUCAGCAGCAGCAGAGUGGGAGCACUGGUGAAGACAGGGGUAACCCUGCUCAGAGCAGGGCAUCAUGAUAUGAUGCUUAAACCCCUGGCAGGUGCUGGUGCCUGUCUGCACUAGUGCUCCCGUGUUCGAAACCACCCGUGACACUGAACCAGUGGUGGGAAUGCUUAGCAUAGGUGCUCUAGCCUAGGUCACCCUGACCUUGGCGUCAGUACCAGGCUCUGAUUUUCACAAUGCCCCAUGGAUUGUUUUCAGCCAUGUGUGACAUGGGCAGCACAAAUGGACUUCUCUCCAGUGCUGAGCCGGAGGCUGGUGUUUUCCCACCCAGAGCUGCUUCAGUAAACUCUUCCAUCGUGGAGAAAAAUCCCCCCCGUCCCAGUACUUCAGAGACGUGAGUGACAAAGGCAGCCAGCCAGGCCAAUUCAUCUCGUGUCUUUGUGAUGGUGAGAGGUGCUGGGUUGACCGGGAGACUGCAAUCCUCUCUGUGCUCAGAACUGAUAAAGCCUGGGCAGCAGCAAUGGAAACUUUCCACAUGCUGUGUCUUAAUUCAGACCAGCUGAUGUGGUUCGGUUUCCUUGGCCCUUUAAAUCCUUGGCGCCUCUGCUGAGAUUGUCAUCAUGAAGACCAGUUAGAAUAUGGAGCAGCCUUUUCCACCAUUGCAUCAUAAAGCCAGAGAUAGGCAGGGGCUGUGUGCUCUAAUCGCCAUCCAGCAAAGUGCUGAAGCGUGUUAACAGGGUGACUCCCAUGCUUAAAGCCAAGCAUGUGCUUUAGUGAUAUGCUGGACCAAUGCCAGAGAGCUCAGCGCCGCAUCAAAGCAUGAUGUGCUAAGCAAAGUGCUAUUUGCAGCGGAGACAUCUGCUAGUGUGAGCACAGUCAUUGAAUCAGUUGCUAAUUCUUCAGGAGAGAGGGAGGUUAGUGAGGUGCCAGAGAGGAUGGGCUGCUAUGUUCUGCUCCCAGCCUGCUUGCUCCUCCUCAGUGUCAGCCAACUACAAUGUUGCUGGUCAUGGGAGCUUUUUUCAGGCCUCCCCAUCCUCUUUAAACAUCAGCCAGCAGCGUGGCAGCUGGCCCCAAGCUCUAUUUUUGAGGCCCCAGUGAUACACUUCAGGUCCAGGGGUCAGGUGCAGUGCUCUCUCCAAGUGCAGCUGAAAGCACAAACUGCUCUGCCCUCUACAAAUAUUCCCACCCCUCCCUUCCCAAGAACCCAAUUCACAGUGGGACUAACGGCCACCACAGGAGUCCUGAGCUAGGACUGGCUGUUUAAGUUCCUGGGACUUCUCAAACCACUGCGUCAUCUGGUCUUUUUUUCUGAUUGAGGAAAGGUCACAUGCACUUAUCAAUAGUGUUUAUCUGUAGCAAACAAUCCUUAGUGGAUAAAAAGUCCUUUCAGUACACGAGGACAAACAAGGAGACCUAUUCUCAAAAUACAUAGCAGAUGUACAAGCAUUUAUAUCUGGUGCAUACCACAGAAGACUCCAGCCAACAUUAAUAUGCUCCCAUCCUGUCCAUUGUGCAUAUAAUGCAUUGAAGCUGUGGAGAAAUGCCAGCAGGUUUUGCAUCUGUUGUUCUGGCAGGGUCUGGUGCCACUUUGAGUUGGGUGUCCUGGUCUGUGGGGAGCUUGCUUCCAGUGAUGAGCUUGGUGAGGCUGGGGGGCUGUUUGAAGGCCAGAAGAGUGUUCUCUAGAACAGUCCUGCACCAACAUCAACUUCCUGGACUCACAAUCAGCUUCAGCAAUGGAACCCUACAGACAACCAUAGACAAGAAACUCACGGAUCACCACACCUCCCUUCAUAAACCCAGUAACCACCCCAAAUAACCAAGAAAUCUGUGAUCUACAGCCAGGCACUCAGAUACCGCAAAAUAUGCUCUGAGGAGAAAUUCCAGGAUACACACCUUAACACCACCUUCACCAAACAAGGACGCUCCACCAGAGAAGUAGAUCACAUCAUGGAACAGGUCACCCAAAGACCUCAAGAGAAACUACUUCAAUAUGAGGGGGAAAAACCUCUUACCACACACCCCUUGUUGUCACCUGCCACCCCACGCUGGAACCCAUAUGGGGUAUUAUUAAACAAUUACAACCCAUUCUCAAUGGGGACUACAUCCUGAAUUAAAUGUUUCCCAAACCCCCUCUUCUGGCCUUCAAACAGCCCCCCAACCUUGCCAAAUUCAUCAUCAGAUGCAAACUCCC